UCCAAACUAGAAGCAAAUUCCAUUCAAACUCACUCUUCAAGAUUCAAAUCUAUGGAUAGUGAAUUAUCAUCUUCGAUCAUCCUCUUUUCAUCUCUCAUAUUUCUUGCAUUCUUAUGGAAUGUAAUCAUUCGCUCCAAACGAGCCCGGAAUUCAUUGAUCAAUCUUCCGCCGGGGCCGAGAAAGCUGCCGGUCAUCGGGAACUUGCACCUCCUCAUUAGUUCCCGACCACCCCAUCAUAUUUUAGCCGACUUGGCGUCGAAAUAUGGGCCAAUGAUGCACUUGCAGCUUGGUGAAAUCAGCACGAUCGUAAUAUCAUCACCCGAAGGAGCGAAAGAGGUAUUGAAGACGCACGACAUCAACUUCGCUAAUAGGCCAUCCCACUUUGCAACAAAAAUUUUAACUUAUGAGCAUUCUGACAUAGCAUUCUCCUCGUACGGCGAAUACUGGAGACAGUUGCGAAAAGUAUGCACAAUAGAGUUGCUGAGCGCAAAGCGAGUCCAAUCUUUCCGUCCCUUAAGGGAAGAAGUGUUUCUGAAUAUGUGCAAUUGGAUAGUUUCGAAAGAAGGCUCCUCAAUCAACUUGAGUGAGAAAAUCUCCUUGGCGACGUGCGACAUUGUUGUGCGAGCAGCCCUUGGCGAUAACAACGAUGAGCACGCAGAAUUCGUGUCCACGGUGAAAGAAGCUUUUGAAUUAGCCGGAGGAUAUUAUGUCGGCGAUCUGUUUCCCUCCAUCAGUUUGUUUCAAGCGAUUGGCGGAUUUAGAGGCCGCGUGAAGAAGGUGCACACACUGUCGGAUAGGAUACUCCAGAAGAUUAUCAACAAUCGAAAAGUUGGAUCUCAAGACGAACAGCUCGAGAACCUGGCCGAUGUUCUCCUUAAAUUCCGUGAAGACGCCGGACACGAUCUCUAUUUAAGUGAUGACAACAUAAAAGCUGUGCUACAGGAUCUGUUCUUUGCUGGAAUCGAAACAUCAUCGGCAACUACAGAUUGGGCUAUGAUAGAAAUGAUGAGACAUCCAAAAGUUCUUAAAAAGGCACAAGACGAGGUGAGACAAGUUUUUCGCAACAAGAGAUUUGUCGAUGAGUCCGACUUCAAUGAGCUAAAGUACCUAAAGUUAGUGAUCAAGGAGACUUUGAGGAUUCAUACUCCAGGGCCUCUACUGCUCCCCAGAGAAAACUACGAGCCGUGUGAGAUUAAUGGUUACACAAUACCUGCAAGAACAAGAGUUGUGGUGAAUGCAUGGGCCAUUGGAAGAGAUCCCAAAAUCUGGAAAGAUGCCGACAGCUUUAUACCAGAGAGAUAUCUCGAUAACAAUAUUUCAGUCGAUUACACCGGGAAUAAUUUCGAUUACAUCCCUUUUGGUGCUGGGAGAAGGAUUUGCCCUGCAAUGACAUUCGGCCUUGCCAAUGUCGAACUCCCAUUGGCAAUGUUUCUCUACCACUUUGAUUGGGUUUUGCCACAGGGAAUCAAACCUCAAUAUUGGGACAUGGCUGAGUCCUUCGGGCUUACAGCAAGAAGGAAAAGCCCACUUUAUGUGAUUCCCAAACUGAGAAACCCUUUGCCUCUCAAGUAUAAUUGAUGCAUAUUAUUAUUGAUUCCAUGUCCGAACCAUUUACAAUCAUACUCAUAAAGCUUGGUGUGUAAACACUUAGUUUAUAAUAAAAGUAAUCGGCAUAUAUUAUAUACUGUCGAUCGUAGCAUAUAUUUCAUACAUCAUAUGAUGUAAUUUAGUAUAUAAUAUCUUAUAA